GGCACCGACUACCUUACGGCCACAGUUCCGGUCAGCCACCUCCACAAUGGAGGCGCGGAACAUGGCCCAUUCGGACUCGAUGUCCCCCGCCUCCCCCGGACAUCCAAUGAUAUCAGCCAACAUAAGAGCAAGGAGAAACCAUCAGACAUGGAAAGUGUUCCACAUAUAUUCAGAGUGACUUGGCUUAGCAGUGACCAACCAAGCAAGUCCAUCACUACAGAAGCAAACCAGGUGGUGCUUCCUGAUUUGAGACCUGGGACGGAGUACAAGGUCACUGUGUGCACUGUCUUAGAGGACAGUGAUCAGGAGAGUGAUCCAGCGUGCAUAACAUUUCGCACAAAACUCCCCCAACCACAGGAUCUUACGAUCGACAACGUGACUCCUGACUCUGUGACUCUGAGCUGGCAGAUACCAGUGGAGAUGCUGGGCCACCCAGAGCAGUAUAUGGUUACCUGGGACUUCAAAGGGAUGAAGAAACACCUCAACGUGAAAGACAGGAAUGUGACCAUAGAGAACCUGUCUCCGGGCAGAGAGUAUGUAUUCAGUGUGGUCACUAUUGGGACCGAUGACAGCCAAAGCGAGUGUGCGUUUGCUCGUGUGUGUACAGAACCAUCUCCACCUGUGAGCUUAAAGGCAGAGGAAGUGAGGAGCACUUCAGUGACACUUUGCUGGCAGAGGCCGGCCGGCAUGGAAGACCUCAGCUAUCAGUACAUCGUCACCUACGGUUGCAAUGGAGAGCAGCAAAAAUCAGUGGAACUGGAAUCCAGUGCUGACACAGUCACUCUGUGGGAUCUGAAACCUGGAACAGAGUACAGCUUUAUCAUUGGUACAGUGCUUCAGACUGGAAGCCGAAGCAGAGAAAAGUCAAUAUGCGUGUCCACAAAACCUUCCACACCACAAAGUUUGAUUGUCUACUCUAUGGAUCUAACUUCUGUCAUCGUUGGAUGGAAGAAACCAUCAGACGUGGCAGGUGUUCCACAUAAAUUUCGCGUGACUUGGUUGAGCACUGGCCAACCAAGCAAGUCCAUCACCACAGUGGAGAACCAUGCAGUGCUGUCUGACCUGAGACCAGGAAGGAAGUACAAGAUCACUGUGUGCACUGUAUUAGAAGACAGUGAACUGGAGAGUGAUCCAGCCUGCACAACAUUCUGCACAAAACUCCCCCAACCACAAGAUCUUACGAUCGACAAGGUGACACCCAACUCUGGAACUCUGAGCUGGCAGAUACCAAUGGAGAUGUUGGACCAGGCAGAGCUGGUUACCUGUGACUUCAAAUGGCUGAAGAAACACCUUAAGAUGAAAGACAGGAGUGAGACCACAGAGAACCUGUCUCCGGGCAGAAAGCAUGUGUUCAGUGUGGUCACAACUGGGAACGAUGACAGCCAAAGCGAGUGUGCGUUUGCUCGUGUGUGUACAGGUGAGAAGAUGUGCUUUGCCUUUCAGAGCUCUGGGUUUAAAUGAUGGGUAUAUUAACUUGUGUUUCCAUCUUGUGUCCCUUUGGAGAGUAACAUGACAUGCACUGUUACUGAUCUCUUUCCAUAUAAGUGAGAGCAUCCACUUUAGGACAGAGAUACUGAAAAAACCCUCUGAGACUCCUUCCCAAGUGCUGUAGCUGUUCACUCCGAUGGCAUGCAAGUCCAGAGACUUAUUAGCCAAACCUGU